AAAAUCAUUAAUAUCAAUAUUAUCUUAUCAAACUUAGUGUACCUUACGUUCUACAAUCAUUUUUAUAAUAUCAGGUGUUCAGAAAUGGCUACGACUUUAGAUGUGGAUAGAAUAAUAACAAAACUUACGUCAAAGGAAGUUAGGGAGAGUAAGAAACUAAAAUAUAUUAAUAUCUCAGAAUCUGAUAUUAAGGGAUUAUGUUUCACUGCUAUGAAUAUUUUCUUGAAGCAACCUAUGUUACUUGAGCUAGAAGCACCAAUCAAAGUAUGCGGUGAUAUUCAUGGACAGUUCAUUGACCUUUUGACAUUGUUCGGCUUUGGUGGUUUCCCACCUGAUUCGAAUUAUUUAUUUCUUGGAGAUUAUGUCGAUAGGGGGAAACAAUCAAUAGAAGUUAUUUGUCUAUUACUAGCUUAUAAAAUAAAAUAUCCUGAAAACUUUUUUCUUUUACGAGGUAAUCACGAAACAUCUGCCGUAUGUAAGAUAUAUGGAUUUUUUGAUGAAUGUAAACGAAGAUAUAAUACAAAAAUUUUCAAACUAUUUACUGACGUUUUUAAUACGUUGCCCGUAGCAGCAAUAAUAGACGAUAAAAUUUUCUGCUGCCAUGGAGGAUUGAGCCCAGAUCUUUUACACAUAGGACAAAUUCGAAAUAUACAACGACCCGUUGAUAUUCCUAUACAAGGUUUACUUUGUGAUCUAUUAUGGUCUGACCCUAGUCUAGAAAUGGGUUGGACAGCAAACGAUAGAGGAGUGUCGUUCUCUUUUGGAGCGGAUGUUAUAACAAAGUUUUUGAGAAAACAUGAUUUUGAUCUAAUUGUUAGAGGUCAUCAGGUAGUGGAAGAUGGAUAUGAAUUUUUCGCGCAAAGAAAAUUAAUAACAAUAUUUUCCGCGCCAAAUUACUGCGGCUCAUUCGACAACGCUGGAGCGUUAAUGUCAAUAAAUGAAGAUUUGUUGUGUUCGUUUCAGAUUUUGGAACCGCAUAAAAAGAAGAAAUAAUAUAAUUUAGUCAAAAGUGAUUAUAAACGGAUAUUAUUUGUUAAAAAUGUGUAUUAUUUUAGUUAAGUUAUGUAAAAUGUUUCUUAUUGUCCAUAUAAUUAGUAAAAUAUAGUAUCAUAUAAAA